AUGAACUUCUUCACUGUCCUGCUGUUUGCCAGCCUUGCCACAACCUCUCUUGCUGUCCUGCCUGGGUCUGAAGAUGAACUCCACGUGAAGACUCAGCACACAACUGCGGUUCCAGCUUCCCAGUCCGCUCCCACCAGCCACAUCAGCAAGGAGAGUACUUCUAGUAAUGACUCUUCCAAGGAGCAGUCCAUCUUCAGAGAGGAGUCGGUUUCCAGAGAUAAUGUGUUGAUAGAAUGUACCAAAUCAAAGAGUCAAAAGGCCCAGGCCAGGCUCAGAAGUGGGGCAUCUCAGCUGGAAGAGACCAUAGAACCCAUUGCCUCAACUGAGGGGAAACUGACUAAGUUAAACAUGGCAAUGGGAAAAAAUCUGGGUAAAAUAACUGAAGAAAGUAUGGGUGGUGCCAAUGAUAUCGCGAGGUCAUGA